AUGAAUGAAGACGGCUGCCCUAAAGUUCACGUAGAGUAUUGUGGAGCUUGUGAUUACGGAGGUCAUUGCCUUACCUUAGCAAACGCAAUCAAAAAAUGCACACCAAAUGCUGUAGUAUUAUGCAAGAGAGGCCGCCAAGGUGCUUUUGAAGUAGUCGUAAAUAAUAAACUUAUUUAUUCAAAGUUACAAACCAUGGCAUUACCUGAUUAUGAAGAAGUAGUUAACGUAGUGUCAGAUGUUUCUAAAGGUGAAGAACCAAGAGAAAUAAAAGGGCAACAACCAAUAGACUGUGUAAUAUCA